AUGGAAGGAAAGAAGGACAGAAAAAUCGUGACGAGCCAGUUCGAAAGCGUCUCCGACUUCUUGUUGGAUAAAAAAAAUUUUUUCUCUCUCUCUCUCUUCUCUCUCUCUCUCUCUCUCUCUCUCUCUCUCUCUCUCUCUCUCUCUCUGACAAGAGAGAGAGAGAGAGAGAAUAAUUUCUCUCUCUCUCUCUCUCUCUCUCUCUCUCUCUCUCUCUCUCUCUCUCUCGUUGUGUAUGGUAUCACAGCUUUCAACAACACGCCUCAUUGCUUUUAUGGUUUCUGUAACAGCGCCGCCAUAUUUGAUGUUAUUGUUUUUUCAUUAUUUUUCUUUUAUUCUUCUUUCGUUCGCUCUCCUUUCUUUCUCCAGUUCCUUCCUUCUCUUUCUUACUCUUUUCAGUGUCUUUUUCUUUCUCGUAUAACGUAUUUUUCUUUCUCUCUCUCUCUCUCUCUCUCUCUCUCUCUCUUUCUCUCUCUCUCUCUCUUUGUUUUCUCCAUUUUUUUUCUUUUUUCUCUCUCGUCCUUUUUUAUGCUUUUUCCUUAUUUUCCGCGUCUCACUGUCUCCGUCUUUCUUUUUCACUUUUCUCUGAAACUCAACUUUUUUUUUCUCCCAGUUUUCCAAACUUUGUUUUUUUAUAUUUCUUUCGUCUUGUUACUUCUCAUUCGGGAACUUUCUUUCACGCUCUCUCUUUUUCUUUCACACACUCUCUUGCCUGUUUCAAACUAUUUUUUAAAUUUCUUCCAAACAUUAACUUGUUUCUUAUGCGUUUACUCACUCCCACGCUUAUUUGUUUUGUUUUUUUUACCUUCUCUAUUUUUUCUCACAAUCUCGCCUCUUUUCCUUUAUUUCUUUCAUUCUCUCUUAUUUCAAGAUGGAGCCUUCCUCUCUUGCUUUCCUUUUUAUUUACACGUGUAA